AUGGCGGUGCGCGCGUCUAGGAAAGGGCAGACGAAGAAGCGAUUCGGUGCGAGCGGCUCCUGCGUGGAGUCUUGGAUCAGCGAGGCCAUGACGGGCUCCGUCCCCUUCUUGAAGAAUCGCGCCCUGAUCCCCUCGGACGUCGACCCGGGGUUCGCCUACGGCCGGAAGGCGGGGACGGCUGGCGACAUGGGGAGGCAGGACGAGGAGGUGGCAGUGCAAGACAAGCGGUGCCCUGUCGAGACGGCCUCGACCAGGCUGUCGGCGUCCACUGCGGGUCCCGUCGCCGAGUCCACCGUCAGGCUGCUCAAGUUCGGGCGCCGUUGGGAGUCUGCGGACCCCACGGAGCUGCUGGCCCGCGAGUCGGAGGUGUUGCGCGCUUUGCGCAGCCUGCGCGAGGUCUACGAGGAGCAGAGGAAAGCCCAGGACGAGCGGCCCGCCGAGUGCGCGGCGGUGUACUGCCCGGUGCAGAGGCGGGGGCUGCUCACCAGGAGGCGCGGCCAGGUCGUCGAGUCGUUUGGCCGCAGGGAGUCCGGCGAGUGGGUACUGGAGCCCGAGGAGGUGCUGUACCUGGCUGAGCGCGGCGCGCUGGCCGUCUACGCGCCGGCCCCGGAGGCGGCGGGCGACGCCCUGGCAUCCAGCCCCCUGGGCGCGAGCGAGCACCUCCGGAGGCUCACGGUGCCGGAGGUCGGGGCUGGCGGGUCCUUUGGCAGGAAGGCGAGCCUGGCUUUGGCGCUGGGCGAGGCAGAGCCCCAAAUCGACAUCUGCGCGCGUGCAAUGGGCUUUCGUUUAGCUGGCGCCGCUGCGGCCGCCCAUGGGGCCUUCAAAUUCGACGUCCUGGCCGCCGCGCCCCCCGUGCAUGUCUGCGUCGCGCCAGGUUUCGAGAAGGACUUCCCGGUCGCCUGCGCCCACAGGGACAUGAUCGAUGCUCGAGAUGAGCGCGUCCGUCCUGGGCUGGGCCCGCCGUGCACUGGGGACGAACAGAUCGAGGGCGCAGUGGCGCAGAGGGAGCUGCACGUCGUGGGCCCCGAGGAGAGGAUCUCCUGGAGGGACUGCUGUGCCACGCCACGCAGUGGGGGAACGUGGGCGCUGGCGCGAGGGGCCCCAGGACCGAACGCAGCAGAGGCCUUGCGGGUUUCGCUGGGCCGGGAGCCAGGCAUGGUGUUCGCCGUGGCGGACGACGCAUGCGUGCACGGGGGCCCCGCGUUCCUCGAGCUAACCGCCAUGUCGCGCCCAGGCGACGCCUUCCCCGCCGCCCGGGGCCCGGCGGCGGCGGCGCACUCGGUCUCCGACAGCGAGGACGCCAGGGGCGCGGUGCGGCCGUGGCCUGCUUUGGAGGCCGCGCGGACACCGGGCGCCGACGGCGCCGUGGCGCUGCCAGAUCCAGCUCCCUUGCCGGCCGGCCCCAGUUCAGCCAGCCGCCGCACCGCGGCAGAGGCUGCAGAUCAGUACGCCGAGAUCCUCAGGUACCCACAGAUCGACACCUACAUGGGAGCUAUCCAGUGGCUGCGUGGCGUUGGCGUGGCAAUCGCAUGA